GCCGCAAGCAUGCCGCCCAAGCUACGCGCGCCUGAGAAUGUCUGGACGUACCCGCGCCCUGCCCGCGCUGAGCGCACCGCGGCGCGCCUGCGCGUCGUCUGGACCGACGCCCAGGGUACGGAGACGACGCUCGCAGACACGACUGACGGCUACCGCGUCCUCGAGACGAGCCACCCGCCGACGUACUACUUCCCGCCCUCGGCGGUGCGCCUCGACCUGCUCAAGCCCUCGGCGGCGCGGCGCACGCUGUGCGAGUGGAAGGGCCAGGCGCUGUACCACGACCUGCUUCGGUGCGUGCGAGGCACUCCAGACGCUUCAGGCCCUCUGCUGACGUGCACGCCAGUCGACGACGACCAGGUCGUGCCGCAGGAGGGCGACUUCUACGGCAGCUGGAUCACGCCCGAGAUUACCGGCGGCGACAAGGGCUUCAAGGGCGGCGCGGGCACGUGGGGCUGGUGA